UGAUGAUGAUGAUGAUGAUGAUGAUGGUGAUGAUGAUGAUGAUGCUCUGCAGCUGAAUGAACCCCCAGCCAAUGGCCCGCUGCUGGACGGCUGCGCGAUAAACGCAUCGCGGCUCUCUGCAGUCCCGCGGCUGCACUGACUCUGAUUAUGGAUAUCUUUAUGGAUAUGAUUCGGAUUCUAUGGAUACUGCCAACGGUGUGGGCUGUCGAAGAAGUACUGAUGGAUUCAACAACGGCAACAGCAGAGCUGGGAUGGACCAUCUACCCAUCACAGGGGUGGGAAGAAGUUAGUGGCUAUGAUGAAAACAUGAACACCAUCCGAACAUACCAGGUGUGCAAUGUCUUCGAUAACAGUCAGAACAACUGGGUACGCACCAAAUACAUCCGCCGCCGUGGUGCUCAGCGCAUCCAUGUCCAGAUGAAGUUCUCAGUACGCGACUGUAGUUCCAUACCCAAUGUCCCUGGCUCUUGCAAGGAGACCUUCAACCUGUAUUACUAUGAGUCUGACUCGAACACAGCCACUAAAUUGUCCCCACCCUGGAUGGAGAACCCCUGGGUGAAAGUGGACACCAUAGCGGCUGAUGAGAGCUUCUCUCAGGUUGAUCUUGGUGGCCGCAUUAUGAAGAUCAACAGUGAAAUUCGGAGUUUUGGACCAGUUUCGCGCAAUGGCUUCUACCUCGCUUUCCAGGAUUAUGGCGCCUGCAUGUCACUCAUCGCUGUUCGAGUCUUCUACAGGAAAUGUCCCAGUGUGAUCCACAACGGUGCCAUCUUCUCUGAGACUCUGUCUGGAGCAGAGAGCACCUCUCUGGUGGCAGCCAGAGGGGUGUGUGUUCCCAAUGGGGAGGAGGUGGAUGUACCCAUCAAGCUGUACUGUAACGGGGAUGGCGAGUGGAUGGUACCCAUCGGGCGCUGCAUGUGCAAAGCCGGGUAUGAGGCGGUAGAGAAUGGUACAGUCUGCAGAGCUUGUGUAUCAGGGUUCUUCAAGGCUGCACAGGGAGACCAGCAAUGUCUGCAGUGCCCCAUUAACAGCCGAACCACCAGUGAGGGAGCAACCAACUGUGUCUGUCGCAACGGCUACUACCGCGCUGACUCUGACCCUCCACAGAUGCCCUGUACAACUGUUCCAUCAGCUCCACAAAACGUCAUCUCCAUGGUAAAUGAGACCUCUCUGAGGCUGGAGUGGAGCCCACCAAAGGAGGCCGGCGGCCGAGAAGAUCUUGUCUACAACAUCAUAUGUAAGAGCUGUGGCAGUGGACGGGGGGGCUGCACCCGCUGUGGCGACAACGUGCAGUUUGUACCACGUCAGCUGGGACUGACCAACACCCUCGUCCACAUCAGCGACCUCCUGGCUCACACCCAGUACACCUUUGAAAUACAAGCUGUCAAUGGAGUGUCUGACCAGAGUCCUUAUUCACCACAGUACACGUCUGUCAACAUCACCACCAACCAGGCUGCACCAUCAGCAGUGUCCAUCAUCCACCAGGUCAGCAGAAGGCCUGACAGCAUCACCCUGUCCUGGUCCCAGCCUGAUCAGCCCAAUGGACUCAUCCUGGACUAUGAACUGAAGUACUAUGAAAAGAACCAGGCAGAGUGGAACUCCUCUCUGACGAGGAGUCAGACCAACACUGCAGUCAUACGAGGCUUAAAGCCUGGAACCAUCUACGUCUUUCAGGUUCGGGCUCGGACUGUCGCUGGAUUUGGACGGUUUAGUGGCAAAAUGUACUUCCAAACCAUGACUGAAGACGAAUAUAAGUCCAGUAUCCAGGAGAAGCUCCCCCUCAUCAUCGGUUCCACUGCUGCAGGACUAGUCUUCAUCAUUGCCAUCACUGUCUUAAUCAUUGUCUGCCGCAGCAGGAGAAGUCCCGAAGGAUCAGAAUCAGAGUACACAGACAAACUCCAACAUUACACCAGUGGUCACAAAGUGUCACCAGGAAUGAAGAUCUACAUCGACCCCUUCACAUAUGAAGACCCUAAUGAAGCAGUCAGAGAGUUUGCCAAGGAGAUUGACAUUUCCUGUGUCAAGAUUGAACAAGUUAUUGGUGCAGGUGAGUUUGGGGAGGUGUGCAGUGGAAACCUCCGGCAGCCUGGGAAGAGAGAGAUCCUGGUGGCUAUUAAGGCGCUGAAGGCGGGCUACACUGAACGCCAGAGGCGGGACUUCCUGAGUGAGGCAUCCAUCAUGGGCCAGUUCGACCACCCCAACAUCAUCCAUUUGGAGGGGGUGGUGACCAAGAGCAGCCCUGUGAUGAUCAUCACUGAGUUCAUGGAGAACGGCUCCCUCGACUCCUUCCUCAGGCAAAAUGAUGGGCAGUUCACAGUGAUCCAGCUGGUGGGAAUGCUGCGAGGCAUAGCAGCAGGCAUGAAGUACCUGUGUGACAUGAACUAUGUCCAUCGAGACCUGGCAGCUAGGAACAUCCUGGUCAACAGCAACUUAGUGUGCAAAGUGUCUGACUUCGGCCUGUCCCGCUUCCUGGAGGACGAUACUUCAGACCCCACGUACACCAGCGCGCUGGGAGGGAAGAUUCCCAUUCGCUGGACAGCUCCAGAAGCCAUCCAGUACAGGAAGUUCACCUGGUCCAGUGAUUGCUGGAGCUAUGGUAUCGUCAUGUGGGAGGUGAUGUCGUACGGAGAGAGGCCCUACUGGGACAUGAGCAAUCAAGAUGUUAUCAAUGCCAUAGAGCAGGACUACAGGUUGCCGCCCCCUAUGGAUUGUCCCAGUGCACUGCAUCAGCUGAUGCUGGACUGCUGGCAGAAGGACCGCAGCAACCGGCCCAAAUUCAGCCAGAUAGUCAGCACCCUGGACAAGAUGAUCCGCAACCCCAGCAGCCUCAAGGCCAUGACACCACUGUCAUCAAGUGUUCAUUUACCUCUACUGGAUCGCACCACUCCAGACUUCUCCUCUUUCAGCACCGUGGAGGAGUGGCUGGAUGCCAUUAAGAUGGGCCAGUACAAGGAGAACUUUGCCAAUGAAGACUUCAGCAGCUUUGAUGUUGUGUCUAAGAUGACUAUGGAGGACAUCGUCAGAGUGGGAGUGACGUUAGCCGGCCACCAGAAGAAGAUCCUCAACAGCAUCCAGUCCAUGAGGGCCCAGAUGAACCAGAUCACUUCAGUGGAGGUGUGAUCUGGUAGCCCAGGAGCCCACAUGCUCUGUUUACAGUAGGAACACUGUGAGGACACAGACUAAGACUUAACCCCCCCAAACCUCCCAACACCCCACCCCCCAUUCCAGCUGUGUGCUGUUUCCUAGUGGUUGCUACCUGUGUUGCUGAUGGCAGUGCUGCUGUUGUGGCAGCGGUAAGAGCUCGCUUUUUGAAAGUACCUGAUGUGGUUGUUUUGUGUGGUUAAUAGAAGCUAAUAAUCUCUGCACCCUACUAAGAAAAAUAAAACUGAAGAUGUGUGCACUGGGAACGUUAUAGCACAGUGCCCACUUUCUGUUUAUUGGCUCUCAGACUGAACUGAAGUGAAGAGAUUUGCCCUUUAAAAGGUCACCACAUAUAGCAAUGUCAGUGCUGUUACGAGCUGCAGACAUCUGAAUCACAGAACCACCAAUCUCUUAAACCAGAGACUUUAAACAUAAAUCCUGUGGUAGCUGCUCCUCUGAAAAUGCCAUACAAUGGCAUGACUACUGACAUUUUUAAAAGCCGAUUGGCGAGGAAAUACACUUCAGCCACCUGAAAAGGACCGUAUGCAAAUGUUGACUGGCCCACGCUGUCGGUCGUUCACUGUGACUUCACUGAGGCUGUGUAGAGUUGCUAGAGUCUGGGUCAGGAAACAAUCAAAGUCUUCUUAGUCCUGCGUGUGUGUGAGGUAAAGGAACGAUUCUUUGUUGCUCAGUCAUCAACUUUCACCACUCCACCAUUAAUGUGCAAUCUUUGAGUGUUUCAAAAAUAUUUCGAAUUUUCAAAUUAUCUCCCAGAUCAAUUGUGUGUGUUU